AUGUUAGAAGUGGUGAUCUCACCCAGCCUCGCAGCAAGCAGUGACUUCAGGGAAUCCCUGACGUGGAGCGAGGACAGUGCCGCUGUGGGGGCUCUGAGUGACAGAGAAGGCAUCACCAAAGUGGCCUCUCUGAGUGCGCCUCAGGUCUCUGCCAAGCCUCACCCACGUGUCCCUCCUGGCCAGUCCUCCACAGCCAUGGCAGCCUAUGGGCAGACACAGUACAGCGCAGGCAUCCAGCAGGCACCACCUUAUACAGCAUACCCGACUCCAGGACAAGCCUACGGAAUCCCCCCUUACAGCAUCAAGACAGAAGACAGUUUGAAUCACUCCCCCAGCCAGAGCGGGUUCCUGAGCUAUGGACCAGGCUUCAGCACCGCGCCUGCUGGACAGAGCCCCUACCCCUACCCAGUGCACAGCACCACAGGGCUCUAUCAAGGCGCCAACGGACUGACCAGCACGGCUGGAUUUGGGAGCGUGCACCAGGAUUACCCCUCCUACCCCGGCUUCCCACAGAACCAGUACCCCCAGUAUUUCAGCCCAUCAUAUAACCCUCCCUACGUCCCAGCCAGCAGCCUUUGCUCCUCGCCCCUCUCCACGUCCACCUACGUCCUCCAGGAGGCCCCUCACAGUGUCCCCAACCAGAGUUCUGAGUCACUGGCCGGUGACUACAACACCCACAACGGGCCCUCCACACCCGCAAAAGAGGGCGACACGGACAGACCACAUCGGGCCUCGGAUGGGAAGGUGCGCGGCAGGUCAAAGAGGAGCAGUGACCCCUCCCCAGCGGGAGACAAAGAAAGGGGGGAAACGGGGCGGGUGUUCGUCUGGGACCUGGACGAGACAAUCAUUAUUUUCCACUCCCUACUCACAGGGACUUUUGCGUCCAGAUAUGGGAAGGACACCACGACAUCAGUGCGCAUCGGCCUGAUGAUGGAGGAGAUGAUCUUCAACCUCGCUGACACGCACCUGUUCUUCAAUGACCUGGAGGACUGUGACCAAAUCCACGUGGACGAUGUCUCGUCUGAUGACAAUGGCCAGGAUUUAAGCACAUACAACUUCUCCACCGACGGUUUCCACAGCACGGCACCGGGGGCCAGCUUGUGCCUGGGUACGGGCAUGCAUGGCGGGGUGGACUGGAUGAGGAAACUGGCAUUCCGCUACCGCCGGGUGAAGGAAAUGUACAACACCUACCGGAACAACGUGGGUGGCUUGAUAGGCACUCCCAAAAGAGAAACGUGGCUGCAGCUGCGUGCCGAGCUGGAGGCCCUGACUGACCUCUGGCUCACGCACUCCCUGAAAGCCCUCAACCUCAUCAGCGCUCGACCCAACUGUGUCAAUGUGUUAGUCACCACCACGCAACUGAUCCCCGCACUGGCCAAGGUCCUGCUGUAUGGCCUGGGUUCCGUGUUCCCCAUCGAGAACAUCUACAGCGCAACCAAGACAGGCAAGGAGAGCUGCUUUGAGAGAAUCAUGCAGAGGUUUGGCCGAAAAGCUGUCUACAUCGUCAUAGGCGAUGGGGUGGAAGAGGAGCAAGGAGCCAAAAAGCACAACAUGCCUUUCUGGAGGAUAUCUUGCCACGCUGACCUGGAGGCGCUGAGGCACGCCCUGGAGCUGGAGUACCUAUAGCGGCGAAGGGCUGCGGCCAGCACCUGUCACGCGCCAGCCAAGCCUCUGUCACCUCCCUCCGAGACAGCCCUAGACACCGGAAACAGGGUAGGGGCCCUAUGCCCAGGGGACACGCCCACGGCCAUCUCAGAAGUGUCCUCUUCCUUGAGGACUCGCUAGUCGGACUGUGCUAUGAAGCCCGGAGACCCAGACGAGGGAGCACAGGCUGAGGGGAGAGGGGUGUGGGAGGUGGUUUGGUUUGCUCUCUUUUAAUUUAUGGACUGAUCCCAUUACCCGAGCCACCCACUGUUCCCUGGGCUGUAGUUUCUCGGUUGUUGGUCUGGUCUGGGAUUCUAAACUGCCUGUGGGGUCGUGAGUGCCCAGCUCUGUGCUUCAGGGACAAUCAUUCUCUGGGUGGUGGUGAGGGAGGUGAUCUGGGGCUGUGGGGAAGCCUGUUGCUUACAUUUUUUUUAUUUUCCAAGCCCUUCCCUGAUUGUCAUGUGGACAGUGUGCGUGCCUUAUGCCGCCAUCUUGUUUUGUAGGAAAAGGGGGACUCUGGGAAGGAAGAGAGAUGAUGAUGAUGAUGGAUAAAGGCAUUAAAUAAA